GUAUAUAGAAGCAGCCAUUGGGUGUGGAUUGUAUUUUUUUUUAUAUAAGAAGAAGAGGUUGUGUUGAGGAAGUAGACACUGGGAAAGUGAAAGCUCCCCUUGUUAUGUGGACGUGAGGAUGAAAAUUUAAGUCAGGGAUAUUGUUGUUGGGUAUAAGCCAGGAGAAUAGUUGGCAUUAUGACAUACGUAAAUUACAUUCUUCUCGAGUGGGAAGGGUAGCUUUGAUUGUGUUGAUUUUAUGCUGAGGACAAUUUCUCGCCAAACCGUGGUUCAAUAUUAGGCAUUUGAAAGAAGGAGUAAUGCCCAUGGAUUAACAAAUGAGAAAGUGAAGUAAACCUACUGUAACUUGGUUUCAAAAAUGAUUGGUAAUGAUGGUAAAGGUAAGAAUGUAGUCAUUUGAUGAGCUCUGGUAGCAAGUAAAGGAAUUAUGAGGGUGGUGCUACUGAGCUGAACUCUCGAGAGACAUUUGUGGUGAGUGCUAUGGGCACUGAAGUUGAAGAUCACAGGAUGGUCAGAGAAGCCAUCUAAGUCUUCAAGGAAUCUAUUGAUCUAACUCCUUCUCUCAAGAAAUGUCUCAUCAACCAAGCCAACUUCCUCUUGUCAUUUUUUGCAUACUUCUGUUGACGUCUACAUUUCCAAAUGGGUCAAGUGGAAAUAAACUGCGCAAGAUGAUUCAGAAAAGACAUGCUUUAGAGAGAUUGUCUGCUUCGGUUUCUGAAUCAAAAGCUAAUGAGUUUUUGAAUAGUUUGAAACGUCCCAAACGGCACCUUUGGGAUAGAUCUCGUGAUGACGUUCAGCAAUGGUAUCAGCAGUUCAUUGGCAUGGGAUUUUCUGAAGCUAAAUUUGAAGAAACUGUUGCAUAUUGGAAGAAUGUAUACCAAGAUGGCACUCAUGACGACUACCAUCGCUACUACAACCACUACCAUGAUGAUGGGAAUUCUCCAUUUGGCCCCUAUUAUGCUCAUUCCAUGCGGCAUGGGGCUGAUGUUAAUUAUGAUUCUUAAAGCAACGAAGUACAGUCCAUAAAUAUUAGUGAUUAACCUUUCACCUACUGGCAUAAUGUAUUAUAUAAUCAUCUUUUUGAAUAUUAUUGACUCAUUUGUAAGGUUUAGAUUUUGUGUUAGUUUUACGAAGAAUUACAAAUGUAAAUUGUUUCUAACAACCUAAUGCUUUUUCUGUUAUAUUUUAAUCACCUUGAAUUAAUUUCUUACAUGCUGAAAUUUGAAUUUCAAUAUUUUGGUAAGUAACUAAGGAUCACAUAAUUGUAGAAGUUUUUAAAUGGAUGUUGGACUAACUCUUUCAUGUCUUCUACUAAAAUGGUAUUUUCUGAUGAAAGCAGCGAGAUAAAUCAUGUUAUUAAUGAUUUUCUAUGUAGUGAAAUCAUUCCAAUCAGAGUUUAUAAAGAUAGUCAGUGGGUUGCACAAGGAGCUAUUGGGGAAAGUAACAAAAGGCAUCAUAAGCUGUAGGUUAUACAGUAAGAAAGGUAAAUGGAAAGUGUAGGGAAGGAAAGGGGGUGGGCAGCAUGGUAGUGUAGUGGUUAGCACAAUGCUUUACAGUACCAGAGACCUGGAUUCAAUUCCUGCCGUGAGGAGUUUGUAAGUACCCCCCGUGACCGUGUGGGUUUUGUCCACACUCCAGACAUACCGGUUGGUACUUUCAGGUCCGGGUUAAAUGGUCAUUGUUAAUUGCCCCAUGAUUAGGCCAGGAUUAAAUAGGAAGGGACUGCUGGGUAGCGCGAUUCAGAGGGCCUAUUCUGUACCGCAUCUCAAUAAAAAAAUGAUUUUGUAGCUAAGGACAGCUCCAAUGCCAUCUUCAAACUCACUGAUGACAGUAUCGGUAGAUGUCUCACAGAUGGCGAAGAGUCGGCUUCCUGAAGCGAGGUACAGCACCUGGUUGUGGUGUCGCAACCUUUCAUUCAAUGUUGGCAAAACUAAAGAGUCGAUUGACUUGAGAAGGGGAGGGAGGGUAAAUAUGUGGCAGUCUACUUUUGGUGGGGUGGGGGGAGAAUUGACGGUGCAGUCAGUAGUUUUUAAAUUCCUGGGCAUUAACAUUAUCGGAGGACCUAUCCUGGCCCAGCAUGUGGAUGCAAUCAUAAGGAAAGUACUACUUAGGAGGUUAAGGUUUGGCUUGUCUCCGAACACUCCAACAAAGUAUCCUAACCGCAUCUUGAGCUAGUAAGGGCAAUUUGAAUGUGCAGGAACAUAAGCCGCUGCAGACUGGUACUGGGUAAAUGGAAUUGGUUUAAGUCAAGUCUGAAGCAAGUGCCAGCUGUACAGUCAUCAUGAAGAGUGUUUAUAGAAUUUUCUGAUAACAGUCAGGCACCACACUCUUAUUAGUGAGAGAGGCUGUUUAUUACCCGCCUCCCAAUUUCAAUCUAACAUUAAAUGUUAACAGACUCAUGACAAUAUUAAGUUCCUUCUAUUGAUGUUGGUCCACCUGUAUUAUUUAUGACCCUUUCUUCAGGAUCCCUUCGACAAUAGGAAUGCCCUUUCUCUAAUCACACUGCUCCAUACUCCUACAUAUACGUAUGUAUCUAAUAUAUAACUCUGAAUUUCAAAAAUUUGAGAACUCUAUUGCAGCUUGCAGAAAUUUGCAAGAGGAGCUAGUUCUCGAUGCUGGCAAUAUGACAUAUCUCUGCAGAGGACAAGGAAGAGAUUUGAAGAGUGAGAGGAG